AUGUUCGAGCGUUACCUCACGCGUCGCGAGCUCGAUUCGGCAUCAUUGGUAAUUGUACAAUCUUCCCAACAAACAUUUUUCAGUAAACUUCGUCAUGAGUUGAAUUGUUCCAAACCAAUAUCGGCGCGGUCUGUUGCGCGACUUCGACCUUAUCUUGAUGAUAAUGAGAUACUCCGUGUGGGUGGUCGGUUAUCCAACGCGGACAUACCGAACGAACAACGACAUCCAAUCUUGUUAGCGAAGUCAUCACAUUUGUCCAUACUAUUAAUACGGCAUUGGCACGACAUCACCGGUCACAGUGGUCCCCGCGUCAUAACAGCACUCUUGGGAGGUCAAUAUUGGAUCAUGUCAUUGGGCACUCUAAUCCGUACGGUUAUCAGUCACUGUACGCGUUGCGUCAGACUGUCGGGCGCUAAUCCGCAACCGGUUAUGGCAGAUUUACCGCGAUCGCGCGUAACCGAAUGUCGCCCUUUCUCCCGUGUAGGGAUUGAUUACGCAGGGCCCUUACUGAUGAAAGAGCAUCGUCUUCGGAAGGCGCGUCAAUACAAAGUUUAUAUAGCGGUAUUUGUCUGCUUCGCAGUUAAAGCAGUACACCUUGAGGUUGUAUCUGAUUUAUUCACUGAUGCCUUUAUUGCCGCGCUCAACCGGUUUGUAGCCCGUCGUGGCCUUCCUACGGAUAUUUACUCAGACUGUGGAACAAAUUUCGUUGGCGCCGCAGCCCAGCUCAAGGAUCUUAUUAACCAUCGUGACAACCAAAGUCGACUGUCAGCAUCUAUACAAUCUGUUUGGCAUUUCAAUCCCCCCGGCGCCCCGCAUUUUGGUGGCCUUUGGGAAGCGGCAGUUCAAUCAGCCAAGAAACUUUUAAUCCGCAUCAUGGGAGAGCAUACGUUUACUCUGGAAGAGUUUAACACCAUAUUGUGCCGUGUGGAGGCUAUAUUAAAUUCGCGCCCACUCACCUCAAGUUCUACCGAUCCUAGUGAAAUUGACUACUUGUCACCAGAACAUUUUUUUAUUGGUCAACCACUACUGGCGCCACUAGAAGAAGUCAUAGCGCCCACUCAAUAUUCACUGAAUAACCGUUGGAAGCUGCUCAACCAAUGCGCUCAAGCCUUUUGGCGUCGCUGGAGGGACGAGUACCUUCAAAUCUUGCAAACAAAAGGACGAUGGACGGCUGAUGCUCCCAACCUGGCAGUGAAUGAUAUUGUUAUUAUCAAAGACCCACAAUCACCGCCUUUAACGUGGCGAAUGGCCCGUAUCUUAGAAACAGUGUCAGGUACCGACGGUGUUGUGCGUGUCGUGCGCCUCCGGACGUCCACAGGAACUUUGACCAGUUUAAUAACCAAUCACAACCACGAACUAGCGAAAACGCAUCUCCAGAAACAAAUUAUCAAUGUCAAUUCCAGAUUGUGCACCAACAUUAUUAAGAUUUAUAUGAAUAAACCUGCAACGAAACUAUUGACUUGUUUCGAUUCAAAUUUGAUUUGGACACCUUCAGAAGACUAUAAAUUCCCUGUUUCCGAAAAAGAAAUUUCAAAUUUCAAAGAAGUUGGUUGCUCAAAUAUAAAUGGAUUUAUUCAGCAAUUUGAAUGGCUAUUUGAAGGUUGUGUGUUGUUUUCUGUCGAGGUGGAGGAUUGA